AUGACGAAUUGUGACGAAAUUGUUUUAUAUAAAAAUGACAAGGCAGUUGUAUUGUAUAAUAAAGAGGGGAGUAUAAAGGCACUGCCCCUGCAUAGUGUUGAUUAUAAGUCGUUUGAAAACACGUAUGAGUUUUGUCCCCUUUGUGGCAGCGUUUUGAGCGAUAACCACUACACUUUUAUGGCUCAAACAUACUUUUAUCUCUUGCAGCGCAAUCACCAGCGCUGGAGUUAUGAUAAUGACUACUCACGAGAUGGCGAUACUCCCAACGAGAGUAUCUUUUCCAGGGUAGAAUCUUUGAGUCCCAUCCACGAUACAUCUGUGACAACUCCAAGAGAAAGUGUGGAAUCUGAACUGAGGUCCAUGGAGUUGCUAGAACAAGGCUCAUUUUUUGAUGCGAGAAUGGAAUCUCUAGAUACGGGGAGAUUCGAACAAGUUCCGUACCGAGAGCUUUCAGACUCCCAAAGUCCCACCUUUGGUAUUCCAAGGGAACUACUAGUCACUGGAUACUACAAGAGGUUUUUUGUAGAGCGUAAAAAGCUUGGUUCCGGGUCGUUUGGGCAUGUCUACUACUGUAUUCAUGUGAUGGACAAUCUUGUGCUGGGGGAUUACGCCGUGAAGAAGGUAGCUGUUGGUGAUGACAGGUGUUGGUUACGUCGAGUCAUCAAGGAGGUAAAGGUCCGUGAAUACUUGAGGCAUCCCAACAUUGUGGAUUACAAGCACUCGUGGCUUGAACUCUACAGACUGGCUGAAAUUGGUCCAAUGGUACCCUGGCUUUUUAUCCUCAUGGAAUAUUGCAAUGGUGGUGACUUGCAGACUCUGAUUGACAACUCGGAUAUUCACUUGAGCGAUAACGAAGUCUAUGCUCUACUCUAUGAUAUAAUCUCUGGGCUCCAUCACUUGCACAGUAACUGUGUGCUUUAUAGAGAUUUAAAGGCUCAAAACGUCCUCUUGAACUACACAAGAAGCGAGUUUAGAGCGGUGUUGUCGGAUUUUGGAACUUGUGAGUUCCUAAACACAGACAUGCAGAAUGCCCUGGCAGGAAAUGUGCACACGGACUCUACGGGAUAUUACCAAGACAGAGGUUAUACCGGCACCAUUGAGUAUACAGCUCCAGAACUAUUUUGUCCAAAUAGAUGUAACGAGUACUACAAGAGCGAUAUGUGGAGUCUUGGUAUUAUCCUCUAUUAUAUAUCAUAUGGAAGGCUACCGUAUGAACAUAUCGACCCAAAGGAGUGUAAGAAGAUGAUUAUUGACCACAAUAAGCUAAAACUGCCAGAGCAUCCGGCUAGGUCUCCAUAUAUCAAAAUGUUGAUUUACAUACUGACGGAAAAGGACCCAAACUUAAGGCCAGACUGUGAAUCGAUCAUAAAUGACGUAAAUAUGCAACGUAUUUUUGAUGAACGAUCAAUCAUUGAAGGUGGUAGACAGAGCUUAAUUAGGCGUUUUUAUAACAGCACAUAA